UCAAGCCCUUAGGAGAGGCUUUUCCUCCCCCCUCUCCCUUCCUCCUCUCUUAGGACCGGCCAGAUCUUCUUGUGGAGUCCUGCACAAACUAAUCUAUGAGGUUCAAUCCGGCUAAGUAAUUGGGGGACCGUGUCAGCUGUGAAUUACAAUGAGCAGCAGGGAAGGAUCUGUCAGCUGACGAAUCAAGGGAUAGUGGGUUUUAUGCAGUGCUGCCAUGGCAGCGGUAACGGAAGCAGCCACGGGAGCUUUGUUGGAUAGAGAUUUUUGGCUGCCACUUUUAAAUCCUACCCAAGACGCAGCUCAUAUUUCAUCAAUGUUGCGUUGACAAUUGGACAAGAAGAGUGUUAUUGUGUCUAGGCGCAAUGGCAGAAGCAAAUCCCCCGAGAAGCAAGAUGAGGUUCAGAAGGAAUGCGGCUUCCUUCCCUGGGAGUUUGCACUUGGUUCUGGUUCUCCGACCUACCAGUUUUCUUCAACGAACUUUUACAGACAUUGGAUUUCGAUUUAGUCAGGAGGAUUUUAUGCUGAAAUUACCAGUUGUUAUGCUGAGCUCAGUUAGUGAUUUGCUGACAUACAUCGAUGAAAAGCAAUUAACCCCUGAGUUAGGCGGCACCCUGCAUUACUGCCACAGAGAAUGGAUCAUCUUCAGAAAUGCUAUUGAAAAUUUUGCCCUCACAGUGAAAGAAAUGGCUCAGAUGUUACAGUGCUUUGGAACUGAGCUGGCUGAGAAAGAGCUGCCCUAUGAUAUUCCUGCUAUAGAAGAAAUUAUGGCAGUUCGUGAUCAAAGGUACCGCCUGUUAAAGGACAAUAUUACAGCUGUCACCAAAGAAGGAAAAUUUCUGAUGAUAAAUCUGGGAGGUCCUUCCACUGAAGAAGAUGUCAGUUCAAGUCUAGAGCGUCGUCAGCCAAUAAGCCGUGACUGGCAAACUGUUGACAAAUUACUGACUCAAGUACAUGAUAUGGAAGUUGCUUUUGAUGGAUUUUGGGAGAAACAUCAGAUAAAAAUGCAGCAGUAUCUGCAACUAUGGAAAUUUGAGCAAGAUUUUCAAGAGCUUGUGACUGAAGUUGAAUUUCUGUUAAACCAACAAGCGGAGUUGACAGAGGUAACAGAAACUCUCUCUGAAGUUAAACAAAAAAUGCAAAAGUUGGAUAACUUACAUGAAAUUUCUCAGAAUGUAUUAUCAAAGGCCCAUUUUAUGAUAUUACACGGACACAAACUUGCAGCAAGUCACCAUUAUGCACUUGAUUUGAUCUGCCAGAGAUGCAACGAACUACGUCACCUCUCUGAUACUUUGGCAAAAGAGAUCAAAACAAAACGGAUCCAGCUCAGCAGGACCUUUAAAGUGCAUUCACUUAUACAGCAGGCCCGCCAAUGCUGUGAUGAAGGAGAAUGCCUUCUAGCUAAUCAGGACACAGAAAAGCUUCAAUCUAAAGAAGAUAUCGAGAAAACCGUCCAGGGCAUCAAAAACUUUCUGGAAAUGGCGCUGCCCUUUCUCAAUUAUGACAUUGAAAGCUUGCCUUGUGAAUUUGAUGUGAUUGUAUCUCCUGAACUCAAGGUUCAAAUGCAGUCUAUACAAGUCAAGCUUGAAAGUAUUCGAAACAUAUUUGAGACUCAACAAGAGGAUUUAAAAAAUACUGCAGAGAAGCAACUGACUCCCAUCCAAUUUGUGGUACCUGCUUCCAGCAAUUCUUUGACCAAAUCCAGAACAACAUUGUUCACACCGAAUCAUGGGCAGAAGACUUGGACACAAAGUCAGAGCAACUUAAAAAUUGAAACGGUGCCAGAUUGUCAGGAGAAAAGAAAGUCUGAUCCAUCUCCCAGUUUGAAGAGUGACAAUACCCUGGAUAUUUUAAAGAGCCAUGUCCUAAAUGAACUGAUAAAGACAGAGAGGUUGUAUGUCCAUGAGCUGUUUACUGUUCUGUUGGGCUAUAGAGCAGAGAUGGAUAAUCCAGCGAUGUUUGGUCUUAUGCCACCUCUCCUGAGAAACAAAAAGGAUAUUCUCUUUGGAAACAUGGCAGAAAUAUAUGAAUUCCACAACAACAUUUUCAUGAGUAGUCUGGAAAAUUGCAUGAAUGCUCCAGAAAGAGUGGGACCUUGUUUCCUGGAAAGGAAAGAUGAUUUUAAGAUAUAUGCAGUGUAUUGUCAGAAUAAACCCAGAUCAGAGGCAGUUUGGAAAAAGUUUUCAGAAUGCGCCUUUUUUCAGGAAUGCCAAAGGAAAUUAAAACACAGACUUGGUUUGGAUUCCUAUCUGCUCAAACCAGUGCAGAGAAUCACUAAGUACCAGUUACUGUUGAAGGAGCUAUUAAAAUAUAGCAAAGACUGUGUUGGAGUCGAUCAGUUAAAGGAGGCACUUGAUGCAAUGCUGGAUUUGCUGAAAUCAGUUAAUGACUCUAUGCAUCAGGUUGCAAUAAAUGGCUAUAAGGGAAACAUAAAUGAUCUGGGCAAGAUGAUCACACAAAAUGCAUUCAGCGUGUGGACAGGACACAGGAAGGGGGCCACCAAAAUGAAGGAAUUUGCCAGAUUCAAGCCAAUGCAGCGACAAAUUUUCUUGUAUGAAAAAGCCAUUGUGUUUUGCAAAAGGCGUGGUGAAACUGGAGAAGGAGCUGCUAAAUAUCCUUCCUACAGUUUUAAGCACAGUUUGAAUUUGGAAGAAGUUGGAAUUACUGAAUAUGUAAAAGGCGAUACCCGCAAAUUUGAAAUCUGGUGUGGUGGGAAGGAAGAAGUUUACAUUGUUCAGGCUCCGAAUCUAGAUGUGAAGCUGGCGUGGUUAAAAGAAUUGAGAAGUAUUUUGUUGAAGCAACAGGAAGUUUUGACAGUACAGGAGCAGCUGUCUUCUCAGCAAAAUUACGAAAUGCAACACGGAGCGAUGGCAGGCCCUGAGGAAAUCAAAUCAGAGCACAGCGGCACUCUGGCAGAGGUCGGCAAGGCAAUCGCCUCACUUCAAGCAGAAGCAAAUAAAGUUUUGAAUGUAAUGCCACCAUAUCCAGAAGGUGCUGAAGGAUCUGAGGAAUGGUCCAGCAACAUUGUCUACCCUUCUGAUGGCAACGGUGAAGAAGGGACACUAAUGGUUAACUCUGCUCUGAGAAACACAAGGGAAGUAAAUGACCUGGAGAAAAAGGAGAAUAAAGAGACUUAAAGUUAAGAAUUCCUUGGGUGGUGUCAAUGAAAGUCUAGAUCACAUUUCUCCAAAGUGUUACAAAUACACAGUCACAAGAGUAAGACCGAUCCUAUGCUGCUUAUGGCAUUCACAGACUCUCCUCAGGCCUGAGGUGAGCUUCAUCAUUCCAGAUUGACUCUUUCUUGCAAGAAGUCCUCUUCAUACCGUCCAGGUGGAAAAAACAGUGUUAGUGGUUUCUAAGUC